AUGCCAGGAAUAUCAAUAAAUAAAGCAGGAAAAGUUAGAGCACAAACACCGGUAGUUAAGAAAGCCAUUAAACAUAGAAAGAAGACUGGAAGAGCUGCAAAGAGAGUAAAAUUUGAGAAGAGAAUUGAAAUGGGAUAUUUUACUAAUAACGGUUUAGUUAAAUUUAAUAACAAUUUAAAGUUUGAAUAA